UCUUGGUAUCAUAACUUGUCAUAUUCGUCAUACCAACAAAAGGAAAAAAAAAUGGGAAAUUUUCAUUGGAAUUAUGCAGCGCUCAUCUUUGUGUCGAUGCCUUGUUUCUUUGCAUUGGAGAUGAUGGCAUCAACAACAACGGAAGCUGAAGCUCUUCUGAAAUGGAAGAGCGGCCUAUCAGUGUGUGAUGAGGGGUUUUCUUUUCCACUCAAUUCAUGGUCACUAUCCAACCUAAGGAACCUUUGUAAUUGGAGGGGCAUUGUCUGCAAUAUUGGUGGAUCAGCUGUCUCUGAGAUCAAUCUUCCUGAUGCUCAUCUCUGCGGUACUCUUCACCACCUCAAUUUCACUUCUUUUCCCAGCCUCACUGGUUUCAACAUCAGUGGUAACAACUUCGAUGGAUCAAUCCCUCCUGCCAUUGGUCAUUUAUCCAACUUGGUCUUCUUGGACUUGAGCUACAAUUUGUUUGAUGGAAACAUACCGCCACAGAUUGGGAACUUGACGGAGCUUCAGCACCUCGACCUUAGUAGAAACAUAUUCAUUAGUGGAGUUAUUCCUCAUCAGAUUGGGAACUUGAGAGAGCUUCAGUACCUCGACCUUUGUGACAACGAAAUGAGUGGAGUUAUUCCUCAUCAGAUUGGGAACUUGAGAGAGCUUCAGUACCUGGACCUUAGUGGCAACGAUAUGAGGGGAGUUAUUCCUCAUCAGAUUGGAAACCUUCAAAAGAUCGCUUCUCUCCCGAUGACAAAUACUCGAGACAGAGGGUGCUAUUAAAGAAGUGCAUGUUUUGGUUUGUUGCUGAUUCAGAAAUCACCUCUCAAGUACUGAUUGCUUUUAGAUCUCUAGCUAAGUGUUGAGAUGUGGAACAUGAAUUGAGGUAUGAAGUAGAGAUGUCGAGAGUGCGCUACUUAGUUCUGUUGGUGUUUCAAUUCCUAUUCAUUUACCAUAGAAUGAACUUUAAGUAAUUUCUGAAGUUAGCUUAUGUUUUGAGAUUUGAUGUAAUGAGUUUAGACUUAUGUUGGAUUUGGUUGUGAACUUUUGGUUAGUUUCCUUAGCGUUUGGGUUUUAGUAUUGACCCAAGCCUGGAGUGACA